UCAUCUGCAGGAAAAAUAACAACAAAACAUUUCGUCACUGUGUAGCUUUGUUGGAGACAUUUUAACAGUGUCGAGCGCUUUUAAUCUUUAACUCGUGUUCUGCCCUCGCUUCAUGGGUGCCUAGCCCUGGGUUUUCUUCUAAGCUAUAUCUACCUGGUAACAUCAGCCUAACGUCACUCCUCCAACAUGGCCCAACCGAGAGGAGUCAACAGUCUACAGUUCAACCAGGACCAGAGUUGUUUCUGUUGUGCCAUGGAAACCGGUGUCAGGAUCUACAAUGUGGAGCCUCUUAUAGAGAAGGGGCACCUUGACCAUGAGCAGGUGGGUAGUGUGGCCCAGUGUUCAAUGCUGCAUCGCUCCAACCUGCUGGCUGUAGUAGGAGGUGGAGUCAACCCCAAGUUCUCUGAGAUCUCAGUGUUGAUCUGGGAUGAUGCUCGGGAGGGGAGGGACCCCAAGGACAAGCUAGUGCUGGAGUUUACCUUUACCAAGCCUGUUCUGGCCGUACGCAUGAGACACGACAAGAUCAUCAUUGUGUUAAAGAACAGGAUCUAUGUCUACAGUUUCCCUGACAACCCUGUGAAACUGUUUGAGUUUGACACCAGAGACAACCCUAAAGGACUGUGUGACCUGUGCCCCAGUCUGGAGAAACAGCUGCUGGUCUUCCCUGGACAUAAGUGUGGAAGUCUACAGCUUGUGGACCUUUCCAACACCAAGCCUGGCACAUCGUCCGCCCCCUUUACCAUCAACGCCCACCAGAGUGAGAUCGCCUGCCUGGCGCUCAACCAGCCUGGCAGCGUCGCGGCCUCGGCCUCCCGCAAGGGUACCCUCAUCAGACUGUUUGAUACUACCACCAGAGACAAACUAGUGGAGCUGCGCAGAGGAACAGACCCUGCUACACUCUACUGCAUCAACUUCAGUCAUGACUCUUCGUUCCUGUGUGCCUCCAGUGACAAGGGCACUGUUCACAUCUUUGCUCUCAAAGAUACUAAACUCAACAGACGCUCAGCGUUGGCUCGUGUGGGGAAGGUGGGCCCAGUGAUUGGUCAGUAUGUGGACAGCCAGUGGUCAUUGGCCAGUUUCACCGUUCCGGCAGAGUGUGCCUGUAUCUGUGCGUUUGGGAAGAACACCUCUAAAAACGUCAACUCUGUCAUCGCUAUCUGUGUUGACGGGACGUUCCAUAAAUACGUGUUCACCCCUGAUGGUAACUGUAACCGAGAAGCCUUUGACGUUUACCUGGACAUCUGUGAUGAUGACGACUUCUAAGAGGAUGGAGAGAGGGAAGAAGGAGAGAGGGGGGGGGGGGGGCAUGGGAGAAGAGAUCUGGUGAUAAAUGUGAUAAUGGUAGGUUGGAUUUAGAAUCAGACAGAGGUGAAGCAGAUGUUGUACAGAACAAAAUACAGGCGUGUGAAAAGGGUCUGUUUAACGUGAUUGCAUCGUGUUCUUAUUGUAACCAAGUGUAUUUAAAAAUGUAUGAAGAUUAAAAACAUUUUACGAUGA